AUGAUGUUCUCCCGACCGAUUCCGGCCACGGCGGCCAAUCUCAUUGAGACUAGGCAACUGCGCAGGAGAUAUUAUAGUGCACAAGUGUACGCGCAGACACAACGUGCACUCUCUAUUCCUGUCACUCUCAUAUUCCGGUGGGACGACUGCUCGACACGACCAGUGAGAGUUAAGGCGCAGGACCGACGGCUUUACGUGCUCUCCGAGGCACGGGGG